AUGCCGUCUUUCGCAGCAAAGAAAGUAGUUCGGACAUAUUCGCGCCAAAACAAACGCUCACUCUACGACGAACCGCCCACGAAGCGACGACGCGUCGAAACUGCAGUCGAGAGUAUCGAGACCGAGGUGCUGAUCCCUCCCGUUGUUCUCGCAAUAGAAAACUCCUCGCCCUCACACACGAAAUCUUCGUCUCCGCCAUCAAGUCCAAAAGAGUCACCCGCCAUCUUCUCAGACGCAUUAGCUCGGUCUAGUCCACCAUCGUCACCAACACCGCGCAGCUCUCCCCCUCCGCUCCAGAAACGUCGACCUGUGUUUUCUAUAUUCAAGAAGCAAACCAAAGCUACCACAACUAGCAAAGAGCCGCUUAUAGAACGAGCCCAAAAUGCACAAAGCCCGCCGAAACCACCAUCAAAAAAGAAGCCCAUGGUGCAGAUGCAACUAGACUUGGCCUCGGAGACACGAAAAACAUGUAAGACGUGUGGAAUGCAAUACAUACCCUCCAAUUUAGAGGAUGCCGCAUUACACAAGAAAUUUCAUGCAAUCAACCUUGGGGGUAUGGACUUCACAAAGGCGCUCGUUCAGCGGUUACGAAAAAAUGAAAUAUGGAGUGGGAGUGAUGGGAGCUUUAUCGCGGUGGUCGGGCGCAAAGAUGCGCUUUUGCUGCGGAGCCGGGCGAGCGAUGUGUUGAAGAUAGUGAACACUGAACUUGCAGCUGUUCCCAUAUCCGACGAAGAGCUCUGGAGCCAGAAGUGUCAGCCAACCACGACCGAUAUUCUGAUUGGAGAAACAGUAUCCACCGACGUUGAAAAGUCAGCGACAGACAAGCUCAAACCCGCCCUUGUCGAUCGAUUCAAAGUCUAUCUUUACAUCCGGGGUAGCAAGUGUGUGGGGGCUUGCUUAGCAGAGCGGAUCUGGGAAGCCUUCCAAGCUCUUGAUCCAGAUGCUGCGUCUGAGCAGUCCUGCAAGCUCCCUGACACGACUCAAAGUUCGUCCAUUUCUAUCAGCAAUGAAUCCGAUCCGGCCAUCCUAGGCAUAUCGCGCAUAUGGACGUCAAAUCAGCAUCGGAAAAAGGGCAUUGCGACAAGGCUGCUUGACUGCGCAAGAGCAAAUUUCUUAUAUGGGAUGAGGAUUGAAAAGGCCAAGGUUGCGUUCAGUCAGCCGACAGAGAGUGGAGGAAACCUUGCGCGCAAAUGUAAUUGUCUUACAGUGCUCGAAGAUGCCGCCGCGCCUACAAAGACGAAGAAGUCUGUACGCAUAGUCUCUCCCACUACCACCAUUCCGCCGCCGCCCAACUUCGACGACGACAACAAUGUCACGCUCAACGAACUCAUGGCCCGGCGAGCAAGCUAUGGAGGUCGCCCUGCGAGCCCGCCACCUCCGGUGAACCCCGCCGGUUUUGCCAACCACUCCAUUACCGCAGGCGAAGCCAAUGCGCAGGUGAUUGGGAAAGAUGCCCUGGUGACAGCAGGCGCAUUGCCCAGCACCAGACCAUACUUGAGCGGAUCACAAGGAGCUUCUGCGCUAGGCAAUGCACCCGCGAACCCGUUCUCAAAAACGCUGGCAUCGCUGGAACCGCAGCAGGGCGAGGGCAGCACGGAAGAACGGACAAAUGCGCAAAGGCCAACGCCAGGCAACAACAGAGCUUCGCUAGAUGUGGAGAGCUUCAAGAAUCUGCUCAUGACUGGAAUGCCUACUCCGCGCGCUUCCGGCCAGUCUGCGCGACCUGGAAGCGCUUCGUAUUCGACUAGUAGUGGGCAAUUUGAAAGCAGCAGCACAGAUAGCUCUUCAGUAUCGCGGCAGUCGAUAUCAGAGCACCCACAAGAGAUACAUGCUGCGUCGUCGCGAACUUCAGACGACGUAGCAGACGAAGAUGAGGACGAGGGCGUGGGGAUGAUGCCUGAAGUGAAAAAGGGCAAGAAGCAACCCCCGCCUGCGCCCAAGCAUCGUCAUGGCAAACUCGUCGCACCGAGACAGCCACAGACAGUUCCGUUUGACCAAUUCGAAGCAACUGAGCCUGUGGCGCCAGCAAGUGUUAGCCGGACAAACAGCUCAGAUGCGAGUAAGCCGUUUCCGUCGUCUCCGAUGGCCCAGCAGCAGUCACCGUCGCAACCACGGCCGACACCACCAAAACCAAGCGACGCUCCCAAAUCUGCGGAAGAUCCGGCGAAGCCAAAAAAGACCCCUCCACCUGUACCAAUAGCUCGGAGACACAGUCAGUUGAAAACGACGACAACUACGGGAAACCGGUCGCGUAGCAGCUCGAAUCUCACAAUAUCCUCGCAACACUCUAUUGAAGCUCCGCAAACCCCAACAUCAACCUACCAUGACCCAAUGUCGAGCGCAAAGUCACCACCUCCUCCCCCACCCUCUCGAUACGGCGCGCGACUUGCGAACCUAGGAGCUUCAAGCACAAACUCCUCCAGCACAGAGCUAGCACAAUCCUCCAGUUCAGUCCGAAUACCGCGCUCCAUCCCCGAUCCCCCCUCUCCCCGCCGAAACGCUGCAGACUCGGAAGCUCCAUCGCCAGCUCCCAGCAUGCACCGCACCUCCUCCGUCUCCUCAACCCGCAAUGCCCAGCGCAACGUCUCAGGCGGAAGCACAGGCAGCAUCAUGCCUCCGCCCCCUCCCCCGCGACGCCGCCAAUCCAACCGCUCGAGCCUCGACCAACAACGCCCAUACCCGUACUCCUCCACCUCCCCCUCCGAGAGCCGCCGCACAAGCACCGAGAUCCGCCGCGCGAGCACUGAACACCGGCGCACUAGCGUGGCAAGUGAGAGCUCGCUGCGCCGCGCGUAUGCGCCCGUGGAUGAGAAAGGAGAAAACGAGCAUGCGUUGUAUUCGCCUGUUGAUGAGAAGGAGAGGGUGCUGGGUGUUGAUGAGAGCGUCAGUGUGGGUGCAGAGAAAGGACAGGAAGUGAGGAGUAAUUCGAGUAAUAUACUCGAUGAUAUGGAGAAGUUCCAGCGUGAGAUUGAUGAGUUGAGGACAAGGUAUAAGUAG